UUAUUCACUGACGUCAUCAGCGCGCGCCGCUGGGCUUCAGUCUGCUGGCCUCUGGAAUGGGCAGAUAUCAUCAGCCCUCAUUUCACCAUCGAUUUUUCGCACGAACUCCACCAAGAGUUGGUAUUUCUGUACGUCCUCUACACGAUGAUAUGCGGAGGUAAGGUAAUGGAAGAGGCCAGCGGGAGUUUCUCAGAACUCAUUCCAGUGGUGCUAUUUCUGCGGCUGUCAGGCUUCGUCUAUUUCUCUGUUCAGUAACAACGCCCAUUCUCAGCCUCGGUCACCAUGAAGCCAGUCCACGAGCGCAACCAGGAGUGCCUCCCUCCUAAAAAGCGUGAUCUCCCAGUUAACAACAACAACACCACGACCAGCAACAGCAGCAGUACCAUCAGCGGUGGAGCAGGAGGAAGUGGCAUGGGAGGUGGUGGAGGAGAGGAGACAACAUCUUUACAAAGUUCUGCAACGAGCGGAGAACCUCAGAGCGGCGAGUGGAUGCGAGGUCAGCCCGGCGUGCAUUACGGAGUGGAGGGGUCCGAGGGUCUCGUAGGACUUUCCUUGGAUCAGUACAGCAUGCUUUAUAAAGUAGCUCUACCCACCGUCACCUAUGCCCCCACCAGCCUGCACCCGGUUCUUAGCCACAUUUCUCCCGCUUACACGGGUCCCUCUCCGGUUUUGCAGCACACAAGCGUUCCUUACCCUCCUCUUGGCUACACUCCGAUCCCCCACUCAUCUUUGCACUUUGUCAGUUCUCCAUACGCGACGGCAGUACCCUAUGCCAUGCCUCCGGGAUUUGUUCCCAGUUCUUUGAUACAGCCUCAGUCUGCCAUUCCACAGCCCCACCCCAUGUCUCACCUGGUCCCGUAUUCAUCAGUCAUUCAGGAAGGUGUGGUCUCUUCCCCACCGCAGCAGCAGGUAUCGACCCACGCGUACACCAAAAGUGGAGUUCCACUGGUGCUCCCGUCUGAGCAGGCAGCUUCGCAGACGCAGCUUGGGACUGUAGGGAUGCUGCCCGCUGCGGAGCUCAGCCCGAGAGGGGUGAACCUUUUCUACCACCCUGCCGUUAGGGGCAUUCAGCCUCAAAGAGAUAUGCACAGCAGCCCACUGGAGCAGGAACGAGAGGUGAACGGAGGAGACAGGGAACAUGAAGGUAGAGAGACCCAUCAAGAUACGAUUUAUUUGGCCAGAAAUGCGCGUCUGGUGCAGGCAGCUCCUGGCACAGUGGUGCUGGAGCAACAGGACAAAACCUUGAAAAGCCGCAGACAGGAGGGCAGAAUGUCACCCGGCCAACGCAGCACACCGGACAUAGAUCUGGAGGUCCAGCAGGUGGUUGGACGUCUGGCCUCUCCAAGUCACGGAGCGGGUCGGAAGGAGGCAUUGCACGUCCCCUUGAACCUGUCCCAGAGAGGUAGAGAGACUCAGAGUGAAGUCAGAACAGCAUAUGCAUCAAAUCCUGCUGAAUCUAGAGCUCAUCAUCAGCAGAUUGUUCAACAAAGCCAUGCUGUGAUUUUGGCUAGUGGGCAACCCGUUCUGGUGCCACUGGACUACCAUCACCACCACCAACAACAACAACAGCAGCAGCAGCAGCAGCAGCAUUACCCAAGUCAAACAAAUGACGUGGCAGCCUCAACUGUUGUCGUUACUCCUGCAUCGUAUACGAAAACAGUGGAGGCAACAGCAGUGGUAUGUCUCGAAGAACGUGCAGUGCCGGAGCCUUCCCAGCACCUACCCGCCCCAACUGCCGUAACUCUUCCUCAAGCUCCUCUGCUUGCUCCCUCCGGCCCUUCGCACUUCACAAAGGGGGCUAUCAUCCAGCUGGCCACGGGAGAGCUCAAGCGCGUAGAGGAUUUGCAGACUCAGGACUUCGUGCGGAGUGCGGAAAUGAGCGGCAGCCUGAAGAUCGACUCGAGCAUGGUGGUGGAUAUCCGCUCCAGUCAACAGCGGCCAGGUUUGGUGGCCCUGCAUUUUAAUGUAGGGGAACAGCAAAACAAAGUAACUAUAGACGUACCCCCCGAACAUCCGUUUUUCGUUUUCGGACAGGGCUGGUCGUCGUGUAGCCCCGAGCGGACCGCCCAACUGUACGGUCUCACCUGCCACCAUCUGCAAGUCGGGGAUGUUUGCGUGUCCGUCACGCUGCAGCAGCAAACUGCGUCACAACAGAAACCGCAGCAGCAGGCACAGGCCAGGACUCCCACCAAAGUCAACUCCACAUCAGGGGUCCCACCUCAGCCAAUGGGCCCCCCUGCCCCCCAACAAGCACGGCCACAAAGCCAACUAAAGAUGGAGCGCGUCCACCGAGACCGAGACAAGGAGGAACCCAUGCAGGUUGUCACUUCGAGGCACAGUGAAGCUCCCCCCAGACCAAACAGGACUUCAGGAGAGCACACUCGAAGCCAGAGCAAUUAUUAUUUGCACACUGAGGGUCAUGCUCCACCGGGAACUGGAGCGGGAGCCUCUUCCGUAGGGGCGUCCCAGAGACGCUGGUCUGCCCCUGGCUUCCAAAGAUACACCAUGAAGAACGAGGAUGGGAAUCUAGUUUUAGCUGGCUCCUCUCGCCCCUCUUUUAUCUCUCAGGAGGUCAAGCUCUCCAUUGAGGGUCGCUCCAAUGCCGGAAAGUAGCAGCAGCCAUAGCAGCAAACACAAAAGCAAGAGAUUGUCUAAGGGAGCAAAGUGUCAGAGUUGGGUGCAAGGAUGCAAAGUAGGGAGUGUAGGAGAGAGAAUGUAGCCUCAGAGUGUUUGAGAUUUUGCACAUAUCGGAAGAGUCCCUUUGCCGCCCCCUUUUCUGUAUUUCUUUGGUUCUGGUGAACCUAGCAGUGAACCUUUGCAGUUUUGUGCCAGGUCAUAGUCAGCAUCUGCAAUGACCCGCAUGGGCAGCUUUAUCUGGUAAAUCACGUACCAAAGCCUGCAUCGUCUGCGCAUUCCUGCGGGUGGAAUAUAACGUUUGGGAGCGAUCACUUCCGCUGAGAUAUCUCGCAGUUUUUCAAAUAGAUGUUUUUCAAGAAAGGCCAGGGAAAGAACGGGAUACAGCCAUAAAAUCUUGACAAGCCUUUUCAAGUUUGCUUAAUAAUAAAUCUAUAUUUCAAAAGCAGGAAUAAAAUCCCAGAGGAUCGAUUGUUUGGAUCUUUUUUUUGUAAAACGACCGGCUUUGUUUCAAAUGAUGUUUUGCCAAGCCAAGACCUUAAAACGUGGACUUUUUAUUGUGAUUUCAAUGCGUCUCUGUCUCUAGAGAUGUGUUUUUCCUCACUUUCCUACUCUUGAUCUACACUCUCCCCCUCUCCCUGCCUUAACUCAGGGUGCUUCUCUGGAGAACUCCUCUAUUUUGAGAACAGUUACCCAUCAAUCGAUCGAUCCAACAAUCUUUUUACAAUCAGUAUCCAGAUUUGCAGAUGAAAUCUAGUGUCCGUAGUAGUCACACGUCAUUUCAGUUUCGACCCAUCAGAAUUAUGAGUUCCCCAUAUAACCGGCCAAUAAAAACAGACUCUCUAUAAUACCUCACAGCUGGAAGCAUCAUUCACUCCGACUAACUUUUUAAUUUUAAUCCUGCAUCAUUUUUUGGAGUAAAAAAUGCCCAAAAUCCACCUGCUUGGGAAGACCAAAUACGUAACCGGUUUUAGCUACUUGCAAAUGGAUUAUUGCGAUAAAGCAUGCAGGUUGAAAUGAAGUGGUCCUUUUGGAAGCGUUAAGCUGUCUGGUGUGGAGAAACCUUGCUCAGUUACCAAAACAAAGCAAUAGUUGCAGAAGACAAGGCUGGGUUUUACAGAUUUCCAUGUUAUUUUUUGUUUUUGUGAUCCCGUACAGGGUGUAUUAUUCCUUGUAUUUCGAUUCUUCAUGUGCAACAGUUGCAGUCUCUUACCUAGAGACCUUUUUAAUCUUGCACUUCUCUUGGUUUUGUAAGAUGACGGUGUUAUUAACAAUUACUACAGGAGUUUAUUCAACGCAUGACGUGAUUAUAUGUUUUUAUUUGUGACCAGUAGUGUCUUCAAAGAUAACUAAUAUAAAAGCACACAUUUUUUCUAAAGACUCACAGUUUAGGAGGGCAGAUUUUGCCCUGAAGACCAUAGUCUCUUUGUUUGUCCUAACCAGGUGCGAUGCGAGUUAAUAAGGUUUUGUAUAAGCUACAAACAAGUGACUUUUUUACAGUCAUGUGGUAUCUAUUUCUAUUUCCAAAUAUUAACAGUGGAUUAAACAUUAAAGGGCAGUUUCCCCGGACAGGUUUUAAAUUAAUCUAGAACAAACAAAAAACCAUACUGGUGUGCAUCUAGAGACAAAACAAUGGCACUUGAUCAAUGGUAUCUAGAAAAGAUACGUCAAAUGUUUUUAAGUUAAGGCAUCUCAAACAUGCAUUUUAGUCUGGGACUAGUAUAAGCCCUGUCCGGGAGACCACCCUUAAAUAUGAUGUGAUUGGCUGGUAUUUUGUUGAGGUAGUGCGUGUUCAAUUUUACCAUUUACAAUUUAUCACACCACACCUGGUUGAGACACUGUUGGUUAAAUUUAUCCUUAAAUUGCAUUUUAACUUAAUUUCAGAUGUCGCUUAAUUCAAAUCAACCUGUGCUAAAGUUUGUGUUUCUGUAAUUCACGUAUUAUUGUACAAAAUUGUAUUCUGCCUAUCUUCUCUGCAAUAUUACCCACGAGUGGUUUCGUAAAACUUCUGCAGGUUUUGUAUUGCACAGAUACGUUCACCACGAGUUCACACUGACCUUUUAAUGGGAAUCAAAUAUGAUGUUGUUAUUUUUUAAUAUUGAAGGGAAAAUUUUAGUUUGUGUUGUGUUUUGUUUCGGCGGUGGUUUCGGCUUAAGAGAAACUGACAGGAAAGGUUACCACUGUUUACAGAUUAGCCGAGAGAAAAUGCUGCAGUUUCAGUUUUCCAAUGGAUGAAAUCAUUAAGUGCAAUUAGACCAAAUCUUUUAAACCUUAGGAUUAUUUUUUUUUCAAACGGCAUUCCAAAACAUUCCGACAUUCCCAUUAUCCAGCAUGGAUUACAGGAUUUUUUUUGUUUCAUCUCAGUUUUUUAAUACCACAUCAUUUUACUGUUACAUCUUUGGGUCAAACCCAGUAUUGAGAUAUCCAAUUGUCGCAUUGUUAUAUAUUGGCGUAGCUUGGUCUGUGUUUGGCAGGAUUGAAUUUAUUGCUCUUUAGACUCUCACUAUCACUUUAGGCUUUAAAAAUGGGUUUUGUUUUAGAUAAGAAAUAAUAUAUUUUAAUAAAUGUAGCAUUUGACUGGUUAAAUUUCAACUUUCCUCGACUACAUCAACCUCAGUAAUUUCAGACCUCUGACAUCAGAAAAAUGAAGUUUUUGUAGACCACCUGUUCAGCCUCAUUGAAAGAAAUGCAUGAAAAAUGACAACGUAACGCAGUAUUUAGUUUUCAUACAGUACCUACUAAAUGAACAUCAUCUGUCUUUUAUAAAUUGAUCCGACUGUUAGUUUUGUUAGUGUUUUAUUUGGAUGAGUCCCACUGUCACACUAUUUCUUUUGCUCUCGGAUCUUCAUUUUCCUUUUUGAACAUUUCUGUGGUACUUUGGAGCCGUUUGUUCACGUAGGGCACUUCCUUGUUUUGUUGACUAACGGGAAGCGUGCCGUCCACUGUCAUCUUCAGCUGUGUGCUAUGUAGGCAGCAGUGUAGUAUUUUACUCGCUCAUAAGCAGGGGAGAUGAUAAUAUGAAUUGUUAAAGUAAUACAGAUGUAGAGCAGUACAUUUCACAAGUAUUAGAUUUAAAGUUUGAGCAAUACUUUCCAGAAACCGGAAAGAUUUAGCACAAGUUAUGCAGUAGAGACCGCGUACAUCCAUCACGUUGAAUUGGUGUACUAUUUCUUCCCCUUUGGUUUGUCUGCGGUGUAUUCACUCAACUCCUCUGACUUUCAGGAAACUUCAAUUUGUAUUUUUUCAAUAGCCAACCGGCUCGGUGACCUUUGCUAUCAUCCUAUAAUCUCACAGUUACAUUGCAUAACUUGAAACUUACCUUACCUUGUUGGUGCACUGUUUUAUUCUCGAAUGCACUGCCUUACCAGCUGUCUUUAGUUUGCAAGUUUGUGAUUUUUUUUUUUUUUUGGAGGGAGAUGGGCCGAAUUUGUCCCGUGCACUGUAAAGAAAAGAGUCGAUGCUAUUUCUGUGCCUUCCCGAUGUCUUAACCGUACUCUGGUUUGUCUUAUUCAGCUUAUAUUUCCUCUGGGUGAGUUGAGCAUCCCCAGUUUGUUCUUGCUGUUAUCGUGGUAUCAUAUAUCAAUUGUUAGGCUCGGCAUCCUGCGUCAUAUCUCAUGGGCUUUAAUCUGGUCUACAUUUCCUAUAGAUAGUACGCUUCCUCAGUUUCCUAUUCUCAUCUCUCUACGGACGUCUGAAAAUAAUCAGAUCAUGUACUUACCUCACAAAUGCAUGCGUUGAGCACAGCGCCCCCUUUGGUAAAAGCCUAUCGACGUCUAUAAAGUGCAUUAUAAAUUCUUCCACAUCUGGACCCUUCUUGUCUGAAAUUUUCAUAGCCGUCUGUUAACCAAAGUCAGAGGGUGUCGCGGCAAUAGCAACUUCAGCUUGUACGGCGGCACAUCACAUUCGCAAGCCCUUGCUUUUUAUCCUCAUCUCUAGCGUUUUCUGAUAUGUACAGCGUGUUUUCAGCUCAGAUUUCGUGAAACCUGCGUUCUUCCAUUGAGCCUCACCUUAUCACGUACUAUGGGCGUUAAGUCAGUUUGACGCAAUGCACUUAUUUUCCCUCACCUAUAGCGUUACCGUAAAUGUUUGCUCUCAUUUUGUCGUAUCGAAUAAUCCAAAACAACGUAAAACAAUCAUUAAUAAAUUUGUAUGUUUGUAUAGAUAUAAAAAUAACUUUUGUAUAGUAUUAGCUUGUCAAUAAUGCCUUAAAAUGUGCAUCGUUCGUGUUGAUCGAAUGAUGCUUAUUAGAGACUCCCACCUUUCCCACACUGCAAGGUCACGAGAUUUCACACGGAGAAAAAGCCUCCUUUUGGAAGACCUUGGAUUCCUCUGUAAGGGUUUUAUUGUAACGCGGCUCGAGUUGCUCACUGACAACAAUUAGUGAAGUUGCACUGACUGUUUGUAGGAAGUUUGUAUUUUGGACUAGCUCAUAACGUGUCUCAUUGAGCACAAUAUAAGCUUGAUUUAAAUUGUGUUGAUUUAUUUAUAUUUUCAUCUGCUUUGUGAAGAAAAGCCUUUAUAAUUGUUGCGUUGUACUGUUGAGACAUCCCUGAUUCCAACACAGGAAAAAUCUCACUUGCAUGUUAAAAUCCUGAAAACAAAAGUGUGUGAUGAGAGUGAACUUAAUAUUUCACAAUUUGGACGCAAAUUUCAUUACUGUAUUGUUUCUGCAUUACACUCUAAAAAAUGCUGGGUUAUUUUCAACCCAGCUUUGGGUCAAAAAGGGUCGAACCCAGCCUGUUGGGUUGUAAUUUAACCUAUGAUGGGUAGGGCUGUCACGGUUAUGAAAUUUGGCUGGCGGUUAAUUGACUAAAAAAAAUAUGACGAUUAAUUGCCUGUUUUAUGACUUUGACGAUUAUGACAAUUAAUUGUCUUUUUUAUUGCUUUGACAUUUAAUUCUCUUUUUUUUUCUUUGUUUUUGAAAUAAUUUUCACACACACAUAUCUUUCAAAAACUGAAAAUUCUUCAUAAAAAAUAAACGCAAUAAAGUGUCUGAAAAAUAACUUAAAGCAACACUACAGACUUAUUGCUCUUUGCUCCCCCUACAGGUUAGAAGCGUAAUUGUUCAUUAGCACUGUCGUAAAUAAUGCAGCAUAGCUGGCUCUGAUUGGAUUGUAGGUCUGCCGUAAAGCAAGUUUUUGUAGUUUUCACUCGAACUACAGGACCACUACCCGACGGUUGGAAACUUCUUUAGUGCGGUUUUGGCCGAUAGAGGGCUGCAAAGCGAAUGUGAAAGUUCACCCUGUUUUGAGUGAAUGAACCACUGAAACUUUUUUGGAAACAUUAUUUUAAGGUAAAAAAAACUCUUUGGUGUUGCUUUAAGAUAAAAAUGCAAUCAAAAUAAACUGACUAUACCAGGACAGCCCUUAAAAAGUAGCUGAUGGGAGAAAUCUGAUACUGUCCCUUGCCUGUUUAUGCAGGCGCUGUAGCUCCCCCUUGUGUUUUUUAAAGAGAUGUGCAAUCAUUGCGGUAAUCUGAAAUCAUCGUGAUGAGACGAUUAUUUAAUAAUCGUGACAGCCUUAAUGAUGGGCUGUUUCAACCCGUUGUUGGGUAAAAUAUAAACAUUUUAUGGGUUAAUUUCCCAGCUGGGCUGGGCCCUUUUUGACCAAAUGCUGGGUUGAAAAUAAUCCAGCAUUUUUUAAUGAGAAUUUGGUGGCAAAUGUCCUCUCAAAUGUUAUUUAAGUAAUGUUGAGCCUAAAAAUACUCUUCAAAGCAGAAUUUUACUUGUAUUUUGUUGUGAAACAUGACCCAGACUUUUUCUUUGUGAGAUUAAUCUACUUUUGUUUCUUUUCUCUCUCUUUUUUUGAGCAUCACUGUUGAGGUAACUGCAUGUUUUUAAAACGCCACUUCUGAAGUGGUUUGAAGAACCGAGUCUUGGCUAGUUUUUCUGUGUGUUGAUCAUCAUCAGGAGAUGGUGCAGAGAAAGAGGAACGUUUUCUAUUAAAACAGCAUUUCGUAAUAUCUCCUUAGUUGUUUGGGCUAAGAGUCCUGCUGAAUCCUGGGAAAUGUUUUAAUGAAAGUCCAUGUAGAGUCACCCCGAGUUGUGAAGUGUGAGAGUGAUUGAAAACUUAUGCGGAAAAUCGUCCGGGUUACAGAUCAAUGCUCGGUUUACUUAAACCGAGUAAUGUUGCAGUUGCAUAGUAUCAUUGCUUCAAAUAGUUCAUGUGAUUUUUAAUAUAUAAUAUACAUUUGAAAGGCUUUAUGAACCCAAUAAAUGGUGUAUUGGUUUAUGUAAAAGUGUAAAACCCAGAGAGAACAUGAUCACUGUAAAAAAAAAAUAAUGUUGGUUCAACUUAAAAAGUAGGUUACCUGGUGGUUGCAUCAAGAUUUUGAGUUAAUUCAACUUAAAAAUAUUAGUUGACACAACAACUAAAUUAAAUAAGUUGCUAAUUACUUUUUUAAGUUGAACCAACAAAUAUUUUUUCAGUGUAGCAGGCCCAGAGUCGGUCCUGUAUCCUGAAAUCAGGUUUUUAACGGUUUAAAUGUUUUAAAAGAAUAAUUAUAUACUCUUAAAUUUGACAUUGUACUUCUUGGCACUAAGUGACACUGCUUUUAUCGUGAUGUGUGAUCAGUUUUAAAUGAGAUGGCAUCUUUCUCUAAUGCAUAAACUCUGCGAAAUAUAUGCAAUGAUGUAUGUGUAAUAUUCAAUCCUCAAGUAUAAUCCAGGUUGUAUAAACUUUGUAUAGUACAUUUUAAUAUCGUAUGGCCGUACCAAUAUGUAUUAUUAAUUCUCAAAAGCCUUAGAGUCGUCUACCCAAAGUGCUCCCUUAGACUACCCUACACCUACCUGAACUUUACAAAGCAUUAAUAACUAUAUUUUGUUGCGUUUUUAUUUGUACCCUUUUUUUGAAUAAAAUAGAUUUGUACUGUAUAUUUGUACCUCUUUGUGAACUACUUAGGGCUGUUUUUUUGUUUCUGUUUUAAUUCUAUGUAAGGACACAAAGAUAUUGUAUUUUUAUUGUUACUGCUAACCUCUUGGAAACAUUGCAUUUAUCAUGUUUGUUAAGUAAACACAAUAUAAUAUAUAUUAUAUCUAUAUAAUAAUAACAUG